AUGACCACUCUUCAGGUACUGCUGCACGUUGCUGCUCACAUUGACUACGAGCUGCACUCUCUCGACUUCAGCACAGCUUUCUUGCAGGGCAGCCUGCACGAGGAGAUCUGGCUGCGUCGCCCACCUGGCUUCACUGGGUCUUUCCCUCCUGGUACCCAGUGGAGUCUCCGGCGUCCAGUUUACGGUCUCCGCCUGGCGCCACGUGAGUGGCAUGACACACUGAGGACUACACUGGCGGCACUUGGGUUUGCUCCUUCUACUGCUGACCCGUCGCUGUUUCUGCGCACCGACACCUCUCUGCCGCCGUUCUACAUCCUCGUGUACGUCGACGACUUGGUCUUUGCCACAGCUGACACUGCUGGACUCGCCUACGUGAAGUCCGAGCUGCAGAAGAGACACACGUGCACUGACCUGGGUGAACUGCGCAGCUACCUUGGCUUGCAGAUCACCCGGGACAGAGCACGCCGCACCAUUACCCUGACUCAGUCACACAUGGUGCAGCAGGUCCUUCAGCGCUUCAGCCUCAGGCCACUCCUCUGCCUACUCACCACUCGCUCUCAGCUCUGCCUUCGGAUGAGUCCCAUUCUCGCACGCUAUGUUGCUCCUGGGAGACACCGACCAGAGCACAUGGCUGCAGCGAAGAGGGUGUUGCGCUACUUGUGCAGUACGUCGGGCAUGGGGCUAGUGCUUGGAGGGCGCAGUCCAGUGGUCCUCACUGGGCACGCGGACGCUUCUUGGGCUGACGACCAGGCUACGCAGCGGUUGUCACAGGGUUACACCUUCAGCCUUGGUUCCGGCUCUGUUUCGUGGCGGGCUACCCGCUCGUCUUCUGUUCUCGGCUCCAGUUGUGAGGCUGAGAUCUACGCCGGGGCUAUGGCUGCACAGGAGUUACGCUGGCUCACCUACCUGUUGACCGACCUUGGAGAGCCGCCUCGUUCUCCUCCAGUGAUGUACGUAGACAACAAGGCCAUGCUGGCCUUGUGUCGAGAGCAGCGACUGGAGCACAGGACAAAGCACAUUGCUCUCCGCUACUUUCUUGCUCGUGAGCUACAGCAGCGUGGACAGUUGCGACUUGCGUACGUGGCCUCUGAGGCCAACACUGCUGAUGUCUUCACCAAGGCACUUGCGCCUUGUGAUCAUCAGCGUUGCUGCACGCAGCUGGGCCUUGUGCCUGUCUUGCCUCACUUGCUCACUUCUUGA